AUGUCAAGUGGAUCUGUCAAAAAGAUUUCGCUGAAAGAAAUCGAGCAGGUACAAAAUCUCAUAGAACGAUGUAUGCAACUAUAUAUGAACCCAAAAGAAAUUGUGGAAACUCUACUUAUUAAAGCAAAAAUUGAGCGUGGUAUUACAGAAUCUGUACCUCAGAAUCCAUCUUGCUAUGCCUCUGAGCAAUCCAGUGCAGUUGUGAAGAAGCCAAAGAAUAUGAGACAUUCCACCAUACAUGAUGUGCUUAACAAUGGCGGCUCAUCGCUGAACACAAGUAUGCACGAAUUGACUCCGAUAUCUGCUCGUGGCAAUAGGAUUAACAGCCCACCAAGCAUGCUUUCAUCUCAACCCGGAUGUUCCGGUAGUCCCCCUUACAUUUUUGGUCAUGAUGGCACUGUCCUGGAAGUAUGCCCAACUAUUGGUGAUGCAGCGGUUACAUCGUUUAAUAGUGUUGACUCAAACUCCCAUUCUAUGAAUGGAGCACUCAUUGACUCAGAUAUUUCAUCAUUUGGAUCUUUGGGGCAGAUUCCUAUUGACUCAGAUAUUUCAUCAUUUGGAUCUAUGGAUAUUUCUAGAAACUUCAGCCUUUCAGAUCUGACUGCUGAUUUUUUUCAGAGUUCUGAUUGA